ACAAAUUUAGUACCAUAUCCAAGGAUACAUUUUCCCUUGGCGACAUAUGCGCCUGUUAUAUCAUCCGAGAAAGCCUAUCAUGAACAACUUAGUGUAGCUGAUAUUACAACAGCAUGCUUUGAGCCGCAUAAUCAAAUGGUAAAAUGUGAUCCACGACGUGGAAAAUAUAUG